GUAAGCUUGGCUAUUUUUUAUCUUCGUUCGCAUUCCACCUGUUUUCUCAUUUCACUUGUUGAUCAACGCUGUUUCCAUGUGCACCUCGCGUGGUUGCAAUCAGUGGAAAAAUUUGCGUAAAAAUCAGGUUAAUUCAGGUGGAAUUUUACCGCGGAAGGUAAAUUGUCAAUCACCAAGCACCUCGGCACAAGGCGAUCGCAUGCGGAAGCUCGAAAAGGUUUUUCUUCGCGGCGAAUUUGGAUUCAAAAGAUUCAGCAAUACGCAACACCCCGACGGAUUCCCUUCAUUGCGGUUUGCCAUGGAUGACGACGUUGACUACCUGCAUUUCGAAGAUGACAUGAACAGGGAUGAUGCAAUCAACAAGAACUUUGAUCCGACAGUACCAUCGAGGCUGCUUGACGAGUUUGAAGAAUUUCAACUCAUUGCCAGGGGUGGCUAUGGGGUAGUUUACAAAGCAAGAAAUAUAACGGACCAGUGUGAUUAUGCCAUCAAACUUAUUUACCAUGGAUUGAUUGAAGAAGCACUCAAAGAAGUUCGAGUGCAUGCUCAACUAAAUCACCUCAAUAUCGUCAACUACAAGACGUGCUGGGUAGAGCCAUGUGACUUGAUGCUCCGCAAACUCAUUGACAGGAAUCAACCUUUUAAAUCGCGAGACGACUUCAAAUUUUUAAACCAACAACUUCUUGGAUUCUUUCGUUGGCGAACUGACGAGCAGGCACUUUGCGUGAUGUCUGCAUCAGGCUCCAGCCAAAGCCGUGUUAGCUGCAGCUCAGGAGAAAUUGUAUCGAGCUCGGUCCCUUCCGUGUCGGAACAUUCAUCCUAUUAUUAUCAAAUGGCUGCUGAAAGGAGUGAUAGCUGCGUCUUAUUUGAGGAUAGCAAAACUCUGGUUCCGGAAAGAUAUGGAAGAUGGCAAAAUCCGAAGAAAAAUACGCUUGUCAUCCAAAUGGAGUUUUGUGGGAAAACAAUGAGGGAGUGGCUGGACAUCCCACGUCCGUCCGACAUAAGUCGGAAAUUAUGGUUCACCUACAGACGGCUGAGAGUGCUUUUGAUGUUUUGGGAAAUAAUGAAUGGCAUUGAACACAUUCACUUAAAAGGGAUUGUUCAUCAUGACAUUAAGCCUGGAAACAUUUUUGUGGUUGAUGGUUCGGUCAUUAAAAUUGGAGAUUUUGGCCUGUCUUGUCAGACAAAAAGCGGAAUUGACGUAAUUCAUCAUGACUUUGGCACCGAGUCGUAUGCAGCUCCUGAACAAUUCAACGGUGGCCUUUGCUCAACGAAGUGUGAUAUAUACAGUGCUGGACUUAUUCUGCUGGAAAUGUUUUUCUCUCCAUUUGACACUGUCUCCGAGCGGCAUGACGUUUUAAAGAAUUUAAAACAGCAUGGAAAGAUUCCUGAUUUGAUCUCAACUGACCUUUGCCAACUCAUCAGGGUAAUGACAAACACUCAACCAGCCAGUCGACCUACUGCGUCUGAAGUGAAGGAUUCACUUGUAUCUCUUAUGAUUCCCAUUGCAGAGGAAAUGUACUCAGAACUGAUGAAAGCGCUAACCACGUCAAUUGUUCGCAAGCUGUACCUUCGUGACAAGGGGUUGCAAGUUGCUCCUGCCUCUGCCUCUGCUGCUUUCAUGCUUGACAUUUUGGACGACUUAUCGGCGAUUGGCUUUAUUCAGCCAAGUCAAUAUGAAGAUGUGCAGAGGAACCUCGACAGCAAUGCAAACAACCAACUGAGAAAUGAGUCGGAAUUAAUGAGGCAAAAAGAACUCAAAGUGAAGGUAAUGCUGCAAAAUAAGCUGCGAUUUUCACGAGUUGCUGGUACUUAAUAAGGAAUUUCUUUGCUUGAGCAAUCUUUACUUUUGUAUAAUAGUAUUCUUUCUCUGCAAUAUUUAUGCUACGAUAUGUCCAAAUUUUUAAUGGUCGAACAAAUCACGUUAAAUUUUCUAUCACAAACUUAAUGUAAUGUUUAGAAAAAUUUGUCUUGUGGCAAAAUUUUUUCCAAAGUAUAGUGCUCUUGUGGAGCUGAGGUGAGCCGCUGAAUUAAUGGUUGUCAGUGUACUUUUUGUUAUUUUAUUUCUCGAAUUACGAACUUCCAAAUGUGAGCAAAAUCUUUUUGAUUAAUGAGAUUAAUGAAAUUUCUUUGAAAAAUAAUAUUUCUAUGGUAUAAAAUAAAUAAUGUUUUAAACUAAAUAAAAAUUUUCCUUAA